GAAGCCUCAGAGGUGUCUGACACCCUCCAGCACAGCCAGGUGCACCACUUCAGUGAUGCGUCCCCUUACCAACUACUUACUACAGUAGUCUGCCCUUUGGAAAGAGCCUGAACUGCCUUUGCACAAUAUCCUUUUUCCCAAGGAAAGAAAAGUACAGGGGCGCACUGUGCUUUUUCGCAUGGAAGUUUGAAUCAACCUAAUUUAAUUUACGCAUGGCUGUGUCUCGUCUCUUCGGAAGAUGCGUCCGGGCUUAUGAGAGCUUGUCAGGGCGUCAAGAGCGGGGCAAAAAGUAAGCAACGAUGCGGGGCAUUGAGCUGCUGCUCGGUUACUUUCUGGUGAAAGUUAUGGUGUGCGACGCGGAGGGCGAGCCGGGUAAGACCGUCGACGAAUUCAUAGUGACCGGGUUUAACGACUCAAAGGAAGGGGAGAGCGGAGUCACGGAGAGCCCGCACAUGGAGGACAAGUGCCGCGGCUACUACGACGUGAUGGGCCAGUGGGAUCCGCCGUUCGUGUGCAGGACGGGCAGCUACCUGUACUGCUGCGGCACCUGUGGCUUCAGGUUCUGCUGCGCGUUUAAAAGCUCCCGGCUGGACCAGACCACCUGUAAGAACUACGACACCCCGCCGUGGAUGAUGACAGGAAGACCCCCGCCGAAAGUGGACGUUGCGCUGGACAACGCGAAGGAUAAAACCAACCUUAUUGUGUAUGUCAUAUGCGGGGUCGUGGCCAUAAUGGCACUGAUAGGAAUUUUCACCAAGCUCGGUUUGGAAAAGACUCACCGUCCGCACCGAGAAAAUAUGUCAAGAGCUCUUGCACAUGUUAUCCGCCAUCCUGCCUCAGAACAUACGGACGACAUUGGACUUGGACAGCACUAUGAGAACAUACAAACCAGAGUCACAGUUAACAGUCUCCAUAGCAACCAGAUGAACAACAUGGUUCAAGCAUCAACUUUGAUAACACAGCCUUACCCGGCUGUGGGACAGAUCACCAGUCCCUAUGAACAACAGAAGCCUGUCAAGGAUCUCAACAAGUACGCCACGCUCAAGGCUGUGGCAGAGAAAGCUAAUGACAGCUUCUACAGCAACCGGCGGCAAGUGAUCGAGAUGACAACCAAGGGCAGCCUUCCCAUGGAAGCUGUAGAUAUGGAGCCAGAGCCGAGUAAUCCUUAUAGCCCACCCAGACAGCUGUCUGCAAAGCAGAAUGGACACAAGUACAGAAGCCCCAAGAGCCACAGCUCCCAGUCGCUGUCCUACGGUUCCAACACUGCUGCCAGCCCAGGGGUGUUAAGAUCCUGGGAAAGCAAAGACACGCUGGGACACCGACAGAGCUAUGGCCCAAAGAAACUCUGCAUUAUAGAGAAGGAGCUGCACACCACUCGCUACAUGCCUCCACAACCAUACUUUGUCACCAACAGCAAGACAGAAGUGACCGUAUGAGAGACUGCUUAAACACCAGGCUUAAAAGGAGUCUGCAUUUAGUAGUAGCUGCUGACUGUGGGUGGUGUUGUAAGAAAUCAGCAUGGACUGUAGAAUGUGCACUUGUGCAUGUAAUGGGCAGCAUUUAAGACGCCACCUAAAGGUGAACUGUACUGUAACAGGAAUCAGCCUCAGGAGGGCACAGUGAUGAAUAUAUUGUCAUCGAUAUUCAUAUAAUCCAACUGCUAAAACAAAACACAAAAGUUACUUAACUCAUAUAUAACAGUGAUGAGACAUGUAACACAUACAGUUCUGUUGUCAGUAUUUAACCUUAAUUAUCUAAUCAAGGUUGAGAAGCCUGUGGUUAAUUGGGUAUUGAUAAAAUAUUUUACUGGACAAUUUAUAGAUACUGUUUGAAAAUGUUUGGCACUACACUGCUAGGUGUUGGAUCAAGUGCAGUGUCCAGGGAUGAUAAAUUGGAGAAACUAACCUAAAUAAUUUUAACCAGCCCAAAUUCUAGCUAUUUUGUUUAUUUAUUAUUUAUCUGAAAUGAAAGAUCUAGUACACAAGUUAAUCAGGAAGAACACAGUUACAGUUUGAGGAUAACUGACGUUUUUAGAGCUCACAGCACAUUUUUAGACUUAAAAUUGAUUAUCACCUACAAAUAAAUUAGACCCUAAGCUCUCAACAAUCAUCUAAAUCUAAAACAUUACUUACAUUUGUAUUGUCAUUCAAAAUAGCUAUAAAGUCCAACUUAAAAACAUGAGAUUAGUUGAUUUUAGUUGGUCAUUUCAAUGACCAUGACUAUCACUGACUUAAGUAAGAACUGUAUUAAUUUAAGAAAUGAGACAUAAAUGUUGUAAGUUUUUCAGGUUUGUUUCCAAAAUGCUGUACAUCCAUUUUGGAGAGAUUCAUAAGCUAUGUUUAUCAUUCAGUAUUUCUAAAAUGAAGAGGAAUCAGUCUGUGAAAGUAUUACUGUUGACCUAAAUGAUCUGAAGUCCAUUAAAAAGUCCAUUUACAUUUUGUGAAUGUAGUGUCACUUUUCAAAGUGGUAGAUGUCUCAUUUUGAAGGAAACCUUCCAAAUGCAUUUAAACCAAAUCACUGCCAACAGACAUCCUACUGAUACAUAUUUCUAUGAUUACUAGGAGAUGUAGCUGCAGAUUGUUGAACCAGUGUUGUAUUGGUGUAAUAGUGCCUCUCAUCAGUACCAGCAUGUGUGUGAUUAUCCUAGAAUAUACUGUAGUUGAAGCCCCAGUAUUAGAAUGGGUAUUGGUUUUAUUCUUAGUAAUCCAUUAUGCCCCCAACAAAAGUCAUUUUCAGUGUAAAGAUGGUGGCUCAGAGUUUGCAUCAUAGUUAAAACUCUCAGCUUUUAUUAAAAGUCUAUAUGAUUUAAUUCCGAAUCUCAGAUUUAUUGAAUGUAUCUGGUCUGGAGAGUCUGAAAACAGUGGUACAGUAGCAGUUGACAUUUCCAGUGUUGGAGGUUAAGAGUUAAUUAAGUUCUGUCAAGAUGAAUGUAAAAAUGUUUUGUAAAGGUUUUUUUUUUGUCUGUUACUACUCAAAUAAAUGGGUCAACUAAAGACAUAUAAACAGUUUUUGUUUGACCGACCCUCGCAACAUACUACAUGACAAUAUUUACCUGCUGUUGUGGUAUUUUAGUUAACUAUUAAAAAGAUAUGUUUGAAUAUUGGUUACCACUUCUUAUCUCAGCUGAAGUACCAUACCAAGAACUCAUUGAAAAAGGACAUUAGGAUGCUGGAAUUCAUGCCACACUUGGCAAAAUGUUUUUAAUAAACAAGUUUUUUUUUUUGCAAUUGUUCAUUUGUUGAUUAGCUGAUUUUCCAGCCAAGCAAUAUAAAAAGAUGCUCACACCUGCCUGCAAGUCUUACUCAUGCAGUUGACUAUUUUAAGCAGCUGAGGACAAGCCUGCACUCAUAUUGGAUAUACAAGUGGGAAGUGGGAACUGCUAGUAUAAAAAGGUGUAUUUACGUAUUCUCAAGUCCAAAUCGUAGAUGUUAAUAUUCUUACAGACUUCCAACCAAACUGUAUGCACAAUUUUCCGAAAUAUGUACAGUAUAUCUAGUGCACCGAACUGUCCUUUCACAUAAUGAAUCAACUGUUUGAGUAUUUCACCGUUAUAUGAAAUCUGUUAUUCACACUUUUCAAACUCAACUAUUAAUUCAGCUGAGAUUUUAUAUAUUUACACAAACAAUAUUGUAUAGUGACUACCAUUGAAUGUUCUUGUUUUGUCAGUGCAAACUGUUUUAUUUUUUCCUCAAAGAUACUGAAAUCACUGUUAUUAAUAAGCUACAGUACACCAUAUUUACACAUGAAGAUCUACUGUAAUUCUGCCAAUUAAAAUCACUGUUAGCUAAUUUUUAGAAUAUGCAUCUGAUUACCUAAUUGCUCUAAUGGAUGUUGUUAUAUGUCUUUAUGUACAAUACAAAGUAUCUUUGGUUCAAGAUGCCCUGAUAAAUAUAUUUACAACCUCUGUUUUUGACAGUUCACAUCCUCCAGUUACCCUGGAUAAUUAUUGAGCAUUUAAAUGUUUUCCAUACAUUGUUUGUGCAGUAAAAUAUAAUCAACAUUUUGCCAGUGUCCUUGAAUCUAAAAUGGCCAUUUUGUUGUAUCGAAUUAUAUGAAAUUACAGUUAAACCAGUGAUUUAGUUUCAUUGUGGUAUUUUGAAAUAGUUUCAGUGCAGUCUGGAGUCCAAGGUUCAUGAAACAUUUUGUAAAUGUGGAAAACCUCUAUGGCUUCCUUUUACAUGAUACAAGGUUUAUGCAAGAUAGUGCACACCAACGAUGUCAACUUAUUUUCAACUAUUAGAUAUAUAUAGGAGUGUAGCCUACCUUGUACAAAGGAAAUAGUCAUUGGCAAUGAGCAAAUGUAGCACAAUGUUAGUGGACUUUGUUUACCUGUCAGUUGGAAUAUUAAAUAAUGUCAGUAAAGCUACUACAGCUUUUAGAGUUUUGUAAUUGGUUUGUUCAACUGACUUACCUCUUUCUUUUUGACUAAAAAGAAAACAAACAUUUGGCUGAUGUUAGGGUCUAGUGUGCCAGCAGCAACAAAAAGAAAGAAGAUGCAUAUAAUCACAAAAACAAAGAAACAAAUUUCUACAGAGGUAAGUUGUCUGUAGCAUUUUUGGUGCUUAAUAAAACUCUUUUGUUGUUGUCUAUUUUUUCCUUUUUUAAUUCCGAUUCUAGCAGGUUCUAUUAGCUGACCCCCCAACACCACACCAGAUUGUGUCAUAACAACAUGGACUUGAGUGCAGCCAAAGGACCUGUUCCGUAUAAUAUACUACAGUUUAUGGGACUUUCUGUUUAAGAGUCCUCCAGCUGUAAAAAGUCAAGUGUCAUUAUACUGUCUACAUUAAAAUUAUUUUAAUAA